AAAUUCUAGUGAUAGCAAUAAAAUACUAAGAAACUAAUUCAUAUCCUGUCAUGGAAGUAAAGAAUACCACGUUUGUGGGUAGUGUCAGCAACUGAGACCAAAGGUAACCAACCCGGAACUAAAUAUUCUCAAACUGUCUAACGUUGUAUAGUUUGAAUAUAAACAAAAUGGCAAGCUUCGAGUUAAGAUCGUGGGAACUAGCCUGCUACACUCUUAUUCUUAUAAUUGGCGUGCUUGGAAACUCGACUGUAAUUCUAGUGAUCAGAAAAAGUGGUAGUUCACCAAAGUAUCGAUUCAGAGACGUUCCAUUCAAUGUCUACCUAAUGGCAUUGGCCAUAGUCGAUUUGACUUUGUCUGUAAUAUGUCUACCUGUGUACAUUAUGAGUACGAGCGCUUUUCCUCACCCUACAGGAGUGGGAGGCGAUAUAUUUUGUAAAUUAGUCACUGGGAACUUGCCUCAGUUUUGGUUGGCAGGAGUAUCUAUUUAUAUACUGGUUGUUAUCAGCUUUGAGAGGUAUGCAGCAAUCACGAAACCUUUCAAAACACGAUUGGGUACAACGACGAAGAACUAUGUAUACAUCGGUUUAGCGUGGUUCUUUGGGUUUGCAAGGGAGCUUCCAGUUUUAGUUGGAAUUCGCUACACAGCUACAAAUGCAACGGUGGGAACCAGUUGCUACUAUUGGCCUAAGCAGUUGCCAAACAUAUUCAUAUUCUCGGUUCUGUUCAUCAGCCAAUACAUACUACCAGCUGGGAUUUUUCUUGUAAAUUUUUAUCGUAUAAAGAAACGCUUAAAUCGGCUAGAUUCGACGUUAAAAACUGCCCUAGGAGACAGAAGACAACGGCUUAAAAUAGUGAAAAGCAAAGCGAGGACUAUAAGAAUCGUAUUUAUAGUGCUGGUGACGUUCUUGAUAUGUUGGACUCCGAAUAACAUUAUGUAUCUCUUAUUUCAAUAUGGCGACGUGUCGAAUGUCAGAUGGAGUUCGGAUUAUUACCAGUUUGGAAUAAUUCUAGGAUUUUCAUCAUGUUGCCUAAAUCCAUUUUUAUACGCGUUUCAGAGCAAGGAAUUUCGAAGUCAUUGUAGAAAAGUUUUCAGGAAAAUUUUCAAGCGUACCGAAAGACGUCCAAGCCAGAGCUUUGCUUCCUCGAUUCAAACAUUAAUACGAAGUCGAAGAUCAGAUGACUCACACGUAAAAACUUCAGAGUGCUUUAAUGAUAUUCCUAUGGAUUAAUAAUUUAAUGAGGGGAAGGGAGGAUUUCUACUUACAGAGAAAUGUUUCGUCGUCAAAAUAUUUCCCUGGAUUUCUUUUGAAUUGUGAUUUGUGACCAUUUGAAUAAAUCAGUUCUGCUUGAGCGCAGCUAGCUGCUCACAAUUCAAAAGAAAUUGAUCGAAAAAUUGGCCCUCAAAAAUAUCCCACAAAGAACUUGAUGUUGUAUUACUUGUCAUUCUUAGCACUGUGACUGAGAUCAGUCUUUUUAGCUGUGUACGAAAUGGAAUAAUAUAUUGUGGCCCAGGUUCAAAUGAAAUUGAAAUUAUUGAAACACAUGCU